UCUCUCUCUCUCUCUCUCUCUCUCUCUCUCUCUCUCUCUCUCUCUCCGUCUAUUAGAGAAGCAGCAAAGAUGCUAAAGAGAAUUUUCCACAGCAAGGCCAAGAAGCCACCUUCAGCUCUCCCUACUUUGGAAAAACUCAACGAGACACUGGAAAUGUUGGAAAAGAAAGAACAUGUUCUUCAGAAGAAAAUUUCCAUAGAAAUUCAGAAAGCCAAGGACUAUACGAAGUCAAAAAAUAAAAGAGCUGCAAUUCAAUGUCUGAAGAGAAAAAAGUUAUAUGAAUCACAGGUGGAGCAGCUUGGGAACUUCCAAUUGCGAGUUCACGACCAGAUGAUUUUGCUUGAAGGUGCAAAGGCAACAACAGAAACUGUAGAUGCUCUGAGGACAGGAGCAUCAGCAAUGAAGUCUAUCCAGAUCUCUUUGAAUGUCGAUGAUAUUGAUAAGACCAUGGACGAAGUGAAUGAGCAUAGAGAAAAUAUGAAGCAGAUACAGGAAGCACUUGCAACUCCAGUAGGUGCUGCCGCUGACUUUGAUGAGGAUGAGCUAGAAGCAGAGCUUGAAGAACUUGAAGAAGCAGAACUGGAAGAACAGCUGCUGCAGCCACCUGAAAGAGGACCCGAAACAUCGUUGCCCUCCACCAACGUUCCCACAACAGGAAAGCUGCAACCCACCAGUGAUGUUGAUGAAUUAGUUGCACUUCAAGCUGAGAUGGCAAUUUAGAUGCAGGUUUCAGUGCAUUUGUAAAUCUCAAUCUGGAUUGUACUUUCACAUGCCGGAAAGUUCAACUCAUGAUCAUGUGAAUAUAAAAGAAUUGGCAUUAACUUCUUGAACCACGUGUAGUACUUUGUAAGCAAUAGUGUAUAAAAGCAUGCGAAUUUUCCAUUUUACUUUCA